CAAGAGCAGGAAUUUCAAACCACGUUUGACAAAGUAAGGUAAGAAUGCUUCUUCAAUUGUCAACUUGCUCGCACCUUUUUUACUUCCUUAAGAUGUGUAACAACUGGAUCUUUUUUCGUACCAAGAUCUUGUCUGAGUUCCGUUAAGCAUAUGAUAUCGAUGUAGAAGGAAAUUCAAGGCAAAAGAGUUUCUCUUCCCAUCGACAUAUUCAGAGUUGAUGCACCAGUUCGGACUCCUAAAAGAUCUUGUACGCUGCACCUAUAGUAUAGAACCAUUUUGUUUGACCGAAGAUGCCUUUGUUCUUGAUAUAUCAAAGAUCGUCUCCAUUGUAUUCCGGUUCUAGUUCAACUGAAAAGAUUGGAAAUUGGUUCUCAAUUCUAAAACUUAUUUUCAUUAAAAAGUGUAUGCCUUAUCAAAAUUUGAACACUUGAAGAAGGGAUGCAAAAUUUACAGAAUUAACGAUUUUCGCAAUGCCUUUCCAAGAAUUUUUUAAAUUGAAAAGUUCAGCGAUUUUUGUUUUUUUUUCAAAACUUCUCUCCCUUUAUAAUGUGAAUUGCAACGAAUGCUUAAACUUUUAUUACAAUACCGGCAUCUAUACGGAAAAGAUUUUUCAUUUCAGUUAUUUGAAUCUCUAUUCGCAGGUUUUUUUUUCAGGACGGUUUUCGAAAUUUUCCGUUCGUCGAAGAAAAAGCAAAAUAGGAUCCUCCCUCCAAAAAAGGUUUCUCUUGGCCGUGAAAUAAUGUAAUUUACAGUUAUUUAUAUUGUGAACAUAACCCUUUACAAUGAAAGAUGAAAAAAUGUUGAAACGAAUAUCAUAUUCUUUUCAACUUCUUUAUUAUCAUUUUCGUUUUCAUUUGAUGUUAGCUAUAUUCUUGUCAAAGGUUAGGCUUCCAAGGAAUGAAGUCGAUUGUGUUUCUUUUGGCAAUUUACCUCAUGGCCUCCAGUGAUGGUAAGCUAAUUUUUUUUGUUCGAGUUUUCCAUUUCUUUAUAGUAUGCAAGUAAAUUGAAAGUCACUUACCGAAACAUCAACGGGGGCAUAACAAUUUGUUUGUUGAACCUAUUAUAAAAGAUGUUAAGUCUUAACGAUGGAAAUCUCAGUGGACUAGCAAAGUUGAGCUGUUCAUGCUGUCGAGACUACAUAGGUGGGCUUGUUGUGCUCUAAUUCCUCGCGAAUGAGUUGCCGUGAUUUGCGAGUAAUACUUCAGUAGCGGUUUUUUUCAAUGUUACUAGCAAUGUCGUUAAGUAAUCCAAAGUAAUCAUUGUAAAGGGAGACUUCUGCUUGUUAAACAGGACACCUACGUCGCAAGAAUCCGCCCGCUUCGAAAGAACACUGCGAAAAUCUUCUCGAAAAUGCAACGUAUGAGACGUACACCCUGAUGGAGCUGAACUAUAACUUAUCUUGCUAUCCUAAAGGUUGGAAAAACUUCUUUUUCCAAAAAGACGUUAUCCAGAUGGUUAAAAACAUAUCUGAUCGACUCCAAUACGACUCUCAAGUCCAGAAACUUGGAAUUAACCCAAAGAUUGGAUGGGUCUUUAGAGCACUCAACAUGGUUCCACUUGAUCAAGUGAAGGCCGUAAUUAUAGGGCAAGACCCAGCUCCACAACCCGGUCUAGCAACCGGGCUAGCGUUCAGUCUUGACGAAUCGGUCCACCCCACUAAGGUACCAAGUGUUCAAAGAGUGAUCCUUGAGGCGCGGAAUGAGGGUUACUGCGUUGAUCCAGAAAAAGGCGUUUUAAUAAACUGGGCCGAACAAGGAGUUGUCCUGCUCAAUACAGCUCUGACCUUGAUUCAAGACGAAAUAGGCUCGCACAUUGACGUAUGGGCAAAUUUCACACAUAAUCUCAUCGAGUACAUCAAUGAAAACGCUAGUCCAUCCGUAUGGAUCCUCUGGGGCUCGCACGCUAAACAGCUGGAAGAUAAGAUCGACCAUAGCAAGCAUUAUGUCCUCAAGGGAGGCCACCCCUCACCCAAUGCAGACGGCAAAUACUUCUUCUGCCAGAAUUAUUUUUCCUGUGCAAACGACUGGCUGUGCAGAGAGAAUCGUGGCAUGAUCGAUUGGAACCUAGUUUCUCGGCCCUGCCAGAAGCAUACCAGUCAGAAUUAUGUUAGAGUCACCGGUUAUCCAGGUUUUACUUAUGGGCAGCCUUGUCUAAUGAAAGCCUGUCCUGCAUUUAAAAAGUGA